AUGAAAGUGGUCCUACUAAUCUUCAUAGUCCUGAUCACACUUUGCCAGACUUUCCAAGAUGAUGAAGAGUGGAUUGAUCCAACAGACAUGCUUAACUAUGAUGCCGCCUCAGGAAAAAUGGUGAAUCAGGUAUUGAAUUCAGGAUUUAAUUUUUAUUUUGAAUUCAUAUUUUCAGGAUUGCAGGUGUGGAACUGAAUGCCCAUUUAACACCGCUUGCCAAUUAUGAACAUGCAACAUUUGCCUAUUGGACAAUUCCACCACAGCUGGUACAGUGGUCUAGGUUUAUUUAUGCUUGGCCAAUUGCAUUUUGAGGCAAAGGAACUCAAGAUACUUAGUAUGGUAAUAAUUCUGUAAAAGAUGGGAGGUGGAGAUUUUACUAUGACUAAAACUUUGCAGUCCUAAGCUGCUAGCCCGACCUUAUAAGUUACUCACCAUAGCAUACCCACCAAGGGUGAAUUACUACUCUCCUAGGCUACCUUUUCACUAGUUGCGAGUGGAACUUUUAAGCCCUGAUUUUAUUAUGCUAUUACCUUUAAACUACUGUUUACUCUCUGAUAUUACUGUAUGUUGUCCUCAAAAAGAAGCAACAGGAGGGUGACUUACAAAAAUGUGCUUUUUGCAUGUUUGUCUGAUUGUGAGUCUGUGUAUCUAUAUAUGUCUGUGCAUAUGUGUCUGCAUGUGUAUCUGUGUGUCCACAUGUGUGUCUGUAUGUGUAUAUGUGUGUCUGUAUAUGUGUAUGUGUGCAUCAGUUUUUGCAUCUGUAUGAAUGUCAUUCUGUAUAUCUGAAUGUUGUUGUUUUUUUUUGUUGCUACGUAUCUUCAUGUGAACAUUGGUGUCUGUAUGUGUAUCUGUGUGUCUGCUUAUGUAUCUGGGUGUCUAUAUGUUUAUCUGCAUGUCUGCAUAUGUGUAUCUCUGUGUCUGCAUGUGUGUCUGUAUGUGAACAUGUGUAUCUGUGUCUGCAUGUGUGUCCGUAUGUCUGCAUGUGUGCCUGUAUGUCUGUUUUUCUGAAUGUGUCUGUGUAUCCGUAUGUAUAUCUGUGUCUGUUUAUCUUUUUGUCUGUAUGUUUAUAUAUGUGUGUGUCUAUGUGCGUAUCUUUGUAUUUGCAUGUGUGUCUGUAUGUUUAUCUAUGUUCCUGUGUGUGUAUUUGUGUGUGUCUGAGUAUCUGUGUCUGUGUAUCUGCAUGUGUCUGUAUGUGUGUCUGUGUAUUUUCAUGUAUAUGUAUGUGUGUCUGUGUAUGUGUAUCUGCAUGUGUCUGUGUCUCUGUCUAUGUGUGUAUCUGUAAGUAUGUCUGUGUAUCUGUUUGUAUGUGUGUAUCUGUUUGUUUGUUUGUUUAUUUGUAUGUGUGCAUAUGUUUAUCUAUAUGUGAGUCUGCAUGUUUGACAUUUUGUGAUCCUCUGUGUGUGUCAGUUUUUCCAUCUGUAUGAGUGUCAUGUAUAUCUGAAUGUUGUUUUUUUGUUGCUUGGUUUUUGGUUUUUUGGGAGGGGGUGGGGUGGAGAGUUAUAUGCCAGGGAGAGGAGUGAGGCAGGGUUCUGAGGGGCCAUGCAAAAUGCUUGCCCAGGGUCCCAUCAAUGUUAAAGACGGCCCUGAAUAGAAAGUGCACAAGAGGCACGUGAAUUCCAUAUUAAACAUGUAAAAUGACACAAGUGCAACCAUGCAGUGCCACAUUCUUCCCUAGAAAGCAUUUCAUUUACCACCAGCAAACCAAACAAACAGCAGUAUAUGGCAAUCCAGCAGACAUUUCAUUUUAUAAAGAGCAGUAAUACAUUUAAAACUUUAAAUAAAAUGUGCGAAACAUAGCACAUAUCUCCAAACGAAUCUGUUGAAUCUGUAAAACACUCUAGAGCGGAUAUACAGUCCCAUAAUCAAAUGUUAUAAUGCCAUCAAUAAAUGGGUGGUGGGAGUAAUAAUUAACACUCUAUGUGUUCUGGCAACAACUGGAUACUAAGAAAAUAUAUGUGAUAAAAUAGGGUAAAAAGUAUAAUCAUUUUAUUAAAAUUGAAUUAAUACCUUCACUACAAAGCACUUUGUAAAAUUAUUAGCAUAACAUCUAGAGGGAAACUAUAGUGCCAAGUGCCAGGAAAACAAACUCGUACAUGCACGGCAAUGGCCGUGCUCCUAUUAGGAUUUUCCCAUAGGAGAGCAUUAUUCAGUGCUUUUCUAUGGGAAUUCCAGGUGACUUUGGAAGACCUCAUGUAUAGCAUGACGAUGUCCAGCGUUGUUUAGGCUACCAAAAUUUGCCUAUCCACUGGGAAGUCCCUUUAGUUCCUGCCUGUUAGAGGACAGGCACUAGAGGAAGAAUUAACCCUAGCCGUUUUUUACAUGCUCAGGGUUAAGGGUUAUGGGAGUUUGCACCCAGACCACUAUCAAUGAGCUUAAGUGGUCUGGGUGCCUAUGGGAUGCAUAGAGAGCACAAACUAUAUGUUAAAAUAUAAACUUUGUAGAUAGAUUGCUGUUUAGAAAGCCUAAAGAAUAAAAUUGUGUACAUUUACACAAUUUGUAUUUUUCAUUUUUUGUUCAUCCUUUAUAGAAAUAAGAACUGACAUUUUUAAAACUGUAUACAGUAGCAGAAAUCAGUGUAUAAUUGCAGGUCAGCUAGGAUGGUACCGCUUAGACACCUAGUUGCAUAUUCAUAGGAGGUCUUGGCCAAAAAGUGUGUACUCUAUAUCCGCCAUCCUCUUUACUCCAGGGACUGGCCCAAUUACCAGCUGGGCCAUAUGGCAACAGUAAAGGAAGUAUGGUAAGCCCAAACAUUCUUUUUAUGCGUGCACAAAAAAAAAUAGAAAUGGAUAUUGUGUCUAUAAACACACCAGAUACAAUUUUGGUCCAUGAUUAUUAUUAUUAUUGCCAUUUAUAUAGCGCCAAUAGAUUCCGUAGCGCUUUACAAUACUAUGAGAGGGGGAUUUAACCAUAAAUAGGACAAUAACAAGAAAACUUACAGGAACAAUAGGUUGAAGAGGACCCUGCUCAAACGAGCUUAUAGUCUAUAGGAGGUGGAGUAUAAAACAAAUUAGGACAGGAAAUAGCAAUCAAAUAAGGUGGGAGGGAACAGAGCUGGAGGAGAGAGUAAAGUGCUGCCGUUUAGGAGAGAUCAAGAGACAGGUAUAUGAGGUUACUCUGGGAGGCAUUAAGCUUUCCUAAAGAGAUGGGUUUUAAGGCACUUCUUAAACAAUUGAAGACUAGGGGUGAGUCUGAUGGUGCUAGGCAGGCUAUUCCAUAGGAAGGGAGCCGCCCGUGAGAAGUCCUGCAAGCGUGAGUUGGCUGUAUGGGACGAGCAGCCCCUUUUGGCCCAUUUUGCAGCAAUUACUGGGUGUUAUGGAAGACCAGGAUGCUUCAAUAGCGGCCUUCAGCUAGACUGCAUUGUUCGGUCUCAUGUCUCUCAUCCAGGGCUGGCCUUAGGUGUUCAGGCACCCUGUGCGAGCUAAUCUUGUAGCGCCCCCCUCUUCCAUCAUUGCCCAAAGUGUUUUUUUCAAGGAGACAUAUAAGCUGAAUAUUAAGGCUGAGGACGGCACUGGCCAUGUUGGUGGAGUACUCGAAACAGUGCAGAAUGGCACACAGGUCUCGCAGGGAGGCCCACUCAUUGGUGGUGAAGUGGUGCUGUUCCUGUCAGUCUCUCCAGCAUGUGCAAGGUGGAGUUUCACCUUGUGGGCACGUCGCAUAUGAGACGGUGAGCGGGAAGGCAGAAGUUAUGCUGCAGCGCAGACAGGUGAGCAGCAGCAGGGUGAGAUGCUUUGCAUGUAGAUGCUUGGUCAUGCAGGUUGUGUUCAGGUUUAGCACGUUUGUGCCUCACUUCAGGCUCUGAUUGCACAGCAUGCAAACCACUCGUGUUUUGUCGUCAGCACAUUGUCUGAAGAACUGCCAUGCCAGGGAACUCCUUGGAGCUGGCUUUGGUGUGCUCGGUCCCUGGGUGCGGUGGGCAGAAGCAGGCCUUUUGUCUAGGGGACGGCCGCUCGCAUUUGCACCACUGCAGAAAUCCACAGCAGUUGGCACCUGUGUUUCAUCAUCAUCAGAGACGUGCUGCAGUGGUCCUUGCAUGUCCACAUCCUGAGACAUAAGUGGUUGUGCAUCAGUGCACUCAAUCUCUUCCACUUCUAGGGCAGGGCUAGGUGGAUGGCCCAUAGAAACCCCGCCAGCAGAGUCAUCAAAAAGCAUAAGAGACUGCUGCAUGACUUGUGGCUCAGACUGCUUGGCUGAUUUGCAAGAGGGUGAGGUGAAAGACAGAUGGCCACGGGCUGCAGGUGCCAACUCUGAGCUUUCAGCAGGGGACUGGGUGGGAGACAAUGUGAAGGAACUGGAGGCACUGUCAGCCAUCCACUCUACUAUCGCCUGUACUUGUUCUGGCCUCACCAUUCGUAGAGCGGCAUUCAGGCCUACCAAAUAACGAUGAAGGUUCUGUCGCCUACUCGCACCUGAGGAAGGUGUUUCGCUUGUGCUUGUAGCGGGCACAGAUCGACCACGUCCUCUUCUUGCAACAGGAGCUCUAUCAACACCAGCAGCACCACGACCAAGGCCACGUCCCUUAUUUGACGCUCUCCUCAUUGUUUGCGUUUACCCACCAAACUAACAGAUGGUUUAUGUCAGGCGACAAUGUAACCGCCAAUAGUCAACAAUUUCUUUUACAUUUUUUUUUGUUUAUUGGACUGCAAGAAAUGCAUCACAGGCCGCAAAUGUACUAUUUAGCACCCCAAAAAUUUGAAUUUUUUAAAGUGCGAUGUAACCACAGUAUUUGACUCUCAGAUAUGAAGUGCACACCCCAAAUGUACUAUUUAUCAGCAAAAAAAAUUGCAUUUUUAAAACUGCUAGGUCACAGCAGUAUUUGACGGUGCUAUUUGACUUUCAGAUAUGAAGUGCGCCGCAGGCCGCAAAUGUACUAUUUAGCACAAAAAAAAUGUGAAUUUUUAAAACUGCGCUGUAACCACAGUAUUUGACGGUUCUAUUUGACUCUCAGAUAUGAAGUGCACACCCCAAAAAAUCACCCAACAAAUUUGAAUUGUUAAAACUGCCCUGUAACCACAGUAUUUCACGGUUCUAUUUGACUCUCUGAUAGAAAGUUCACUGCAGGCCGCAAAUGUACUAUUUAACACCCCAAAAAUUUGAAUUGUUAAAACUGCGCUGUAACCACAGUAUUUCACGGUUCUAUUUGGCUCUCAGAUAGAAAGUGCACUGCAGGCCGCAAAUGUACUAUUUAGCACCCAAGCAAUGUGAAUUUUUAAAACUGCUAUGUCACAGCAGUAUUUGACGGUUCUAUUUGACUCUCAGAUAUGAAGUGCAGGCCCCAAACGUACCAUUUAGCACCUAAAAAAAUUAGAAUUUUUAAAACUGCGCUGUAACCACAGUAUUUGACGGUUCUAUUUUACUCUCAGAUAUGAAAUGCACUGCAGGCCACAAAUGUACUAUUUAUCACCCCCAAAAAUUGCAUUUUUAAAACUGCGGUGUAACCACAGUAUUUGACGGUUCUAUCUUGACUCUCAGAUAUGAAGGGCACCACAAGCCGCAAAUGUUCUAUUUAGCACCAAACAAAUUAAAAUUUUUAAAACUGCUAUAUCACAGCAGUAUUUGACGGUUCUAUUUGACUCUCAGAUAUGACAUGCACACCCCAAAUGUACUAUUUAGCACCUAAAAAAAUUUGAAUUUUUAAAACUGCACUGUAACCAUAGUAUUUGACGGUUCUAUUUGACUAUCAGAUAUGAAGUGCACUGCAGACCACAAAUGUGCUAUUUAGCACCAAAAUUUUUUUAAUUUUUAAAACUGCACUCUAACUACAGUAUUUGAUGGUUCUAUUUGACUUUCAGAUAUGAAGUGCACACCCCAAAUGUACUAUUUAACACCUUAAAAAAAAUGGAAUUUUUAAAACUGCUAUGUCACAGCAGUAUUUGACAGUUCUAUUUGACUCCCAGAUAUGUAGUGCACACCCCAAAUGUACUAUUUAGCACCUAAAAAAAUGGAAUUUUUAAAACUGCUAUGUCACAGCAGUAUUUCACGGUUCUGUUUGACUCUCAGAUAUGAAGUGCACAGCCCAAAUGUACUAUUUAGCACCAAUUUUUUUUUAAUUUUUACAACUGUGCUGGAACCACAGUAUUUGACUCUCAGAUAUGAAGUGCAACGUAGGCCACAAAUGUAAUAUUUAGCACAACAUUUUUUAAAAUUUUUAAAACUGCUAUGUCACAGCAGUAUUUGACGGCUCCAUUUGACUCUCAGAUAUGAAGUGCACCGCAGGCCACAAAUGUACUAUUUAGCACCAAAAAAUUUAGAAUUGUUAAAACUGCGAUGUAACCACAGUAUUUGUAGGUUCUAUUUGACUCUCAGAUAUGAAGUGCACACCCCAAAUGUACUAUUUACCACCUUAAAAAAAUGGAAUUUUUAAAACUGCUAUGUCACAGCAGUAUUUGACAGUUCUAUUUGACUCCCAGAUAUGUAGUGCACACCCCAAAUGUACUAUUUAGCACCUAAAAAAUUUGAAUUUUUUAAACUGCACUGUAACCACAGUAUUUCACGGUUCUGUUUGACUCUCAGAUAUGAAGAGCAGGCCCCAAAUGUACUAUUUAGCACUAGAGUUGAGCGAACCCGGACUGUAAAGUUCGGGUUCGUACCGAACAUUACGUUUUUUGGACCCUGGAUCCGAACACGGACAUAUCACUGUAUGUUCGGGUUGGAGUUCGGUGUUCAGCGAUUUAAUGGCAUGUUUUGAAAAGCUGCAGGGCAGCAAAUCAACAAGCGUUUGACUUGUGUGCCCUUAACCCCUUAAAGACCAAACUUCUGGAAUAAAAGGGAAUCAUGACAUGUCACACAUGUCAUGUGUCCUUAAGGGGUUAAAAGCCAUCGCAGCCAUGCCUACUAAUGGCUCGGCUGUGAUUGGCCAGUGCAGCAUGUGACCCAGCCUCUAUACAUAAGCUGGAGUCACGUACCGCCGCAUGUCACAUGAGCUCUUAUUAGUGUAGAGAGAGGAUUCUGCCGCUUUCAGGGACAGAUUAGGAAAGAAUUCUGCAAACUAGUACAUUAGUGGGGUGCACUUCAUAUCUGAGAGUCAAAUAGAAGCGUCAAAUACUUCUGUCACAUUGCAGUUUUAAAACGUAAAAAAUUUUGGGUGCUAAAAAGUACAUUUGUGGGGUGCUCUUCAUAUCUGAGAGUCAAAUAGAAGCGUCAAAUAGUGCGGUUACAACACAAUUGUAAACAUUCUUAUUUUCUGGGUGUAAUCUGCUAAAUAGUAUUUUAGUGCGGUGCACUUUAUAUCUGAGGGUCAAACUUGUCUGGUUACAACUACAUCUCUGUUUGUCCACACAUUGUAAAGUGGUGCGGAAUUUGACGGCGCUCUAUAAAUAUCAUAAUAAUAAUAAUAAUAAUAAUAAUAAAAAGAAGCGUCAAAUAGUGCGGUUACAGCGCAGUUGUAAAACUUCUAAUUGUUUUGCUGCUAAACUGCUAAAUAGUAAAUUUUGGGUGUGCUCUUCAUAUCUGAGAGUCCAAUCGAAGCAUCAAAUAGUGCGGUUACAGCGCAGUUGUAAACACUUUAAUUGUUUAGGUGCUAAUCUGCUAAAUAGUACAUUAGUGGGGUGCACUUUAUAUCUGAGAGUCAAAUAAAAGCGUCAAAUAGUGCAGUUACAGUGCAGUUGUAAAAAUUCUAAUUGUUUUGCUGCUAAUCUGCUAAAUAGUACAUAUUGAGUGUGCUCUUCAUAUCUCAGAGUCAAAUAGAAGCGUCAUAUAGUGCGCUUAUAGCGCAAUUGUAAACAUUCUUAUUUUCUGGGUGCUAAUCUGCUAAAUAGUACAUUGGUGGAGUGCACUUCAUAUCUGAGAGUCAAAUAGUGCAGUUACAGCGCAGUUGUAAAAAUUAUAAUUGUUUUGCUGCUAAACUGCUAAAUAGUAAAUUUUGGGGCGUGCUCUUCAUAUCUGAAAGUCAAAUUGAAGCGUCAAAUAGUGCGGUUACAGCGCAGUUGUAAACACUCUAGUUUUUUUGGUGCUAAACUGCUAAAUAGUACAUUUUGGGUGUGCUCUUCAUAUCUGAGAGUCAAAUAGAAGCGUCUAAUAGUGCGGUUACAGCGCAAUUGUAAACAUUCUUAUUUUCUGGGUGCUAAUUUGCUAAAUAGUACAUUAGUGGGGUGCACUUCAUAUCUGAGAGUCAAAUAGAAGCGUCAAAUAGUGCAGUUACAGCGCAGUUGUAAAAAUUCUAAUUGUUUUGCUGCUAAUCUGCUAAAUAGUACAUUAGUGGGGUGCACUUCAUAUCUGAGAGUCAAAUAGAAGCGUCAAAUAGUGCGGUUAUAGCGCAGUUGUAGAAAUUCUAAUUGUUUUGCUGCUAAACUGAUAAAUAGUAAAUUUUGGGCGUACUCUUCAUAUCUGAGAGUCAAAUAGAACCGUCAAAUACUGUGGUUACAGCGCAGUUUGACCAAUUCAAUUUUUUUUGGGUGCUAAAUAGUACAUUUGCGGCCUGCACUUCAUAUCUGACCGUCAAAUAGAACCGUCAAAUACCAAUAUAACAAUAUUGUUAUUCGGGGGCAAUACCCUCACAAGUCAAACUGAGAGGUCAGUUUAUAUUGAAACUGUUGCCUGGAUACAAUUCUAAAACAAUUUCCAUAUGUCCUUUGCAGACUUUACAUGCGGGAAAAACACAGGUGCCAACUGCUGUGGCUUUGUGCAGUGUGCAGACCGGCAAUGAGGGCAGGGUUGAGGAGUGGGUGGAAGAUAAUGUAGAGGAUGAUGAGGUCCUAGACCCCACAUGGAAUCAAGGUCAUACGAGUGACGUGUGCAGUUUUGUUGUUGAGCACCAGCGUUUGUGCGGCCACAUACCAGAACCUUCAUGCAGCUUCAGUAAAAAGGGUACUGAGUAUCAGAAGCCAUCACAUGCUGGAGAGAAUGUGUGAGCAGCAGCAGGCAAUAGUGGAGUUUCAGCUGCAGCAUGCACGGGUCAGUGGCUCUGCAUAGUAAUGUCCCGAACGGUUCGCUGGCGAAUAGUUCCCGGCAAACAUCGCUUGUUCGCGUUCGCCACGGAUGGCGAACAUAUGCGCUGUUCGGUCCGCCCCCUAUUCGUCAUCAUUGAGUAAACUUUGACCCUGUACCUCACAGUCAGCAGACAUAUUCCAGCCAAUAAGCAGCAGACCCUCCCUCCCAGACCCUCCCACCUCCUGGACAGCAUCCAUUUUACAUUCAUUGUGAAGCUGCAUUCUUAGUGAGAGGAGGGACAGUGUAGCUGCUGCUGAUUUGAUAGGGUAGUGUAUUCAGUGUCCACUACAGUCCUGAAGGACUCAUCUGAUCUCUGCUGUAAGGACAGCACCCCAAAAAGCCCUUUUUAGGGAUAGAACAUCAGACUGCUUUUUUUUUCGGUGUAAUGUAAUUGCAGUUGCCUGCCUGCCAGCCUGUGUGUCAGGUUCACAGCAUAUACUGUGCCCAGUGCCACCACUCACUCACUGGUGUGCCAAUAGCUUGCAUUUAAAAAAAACAAAACUUUUUGGACUGUAAUAUAAUAGCAGUCAGUUUCCUUCACGAGUGUGCGUUUCAGGGCCUGCCCAGUGCCACCACUCACUCACUGGUGUCACAAUAGCUUGCAUUUAAAAAAAACAAAACUUUUUGGACUGUAAUAUAAUAGCAGUCAGUUUCCUUCACGAGUGUGCGUUUCAGGGCCUGCCCAGUGCCACCACUCACUCACUGGUGUCCCAAUAGCUUGCAUUUAAAAAAACCAAAACUUUUUGGACUGUAAUAUAAUAGCAGUCAGUUUCCUUCACGAGUGUGCGUUUCAGGGCCUGCCCAGUGCCACCACUCACUCACUGGUGUCCCAAUAGCUUGCAUUUAAAAAAACAAAACUUUUUGGACUGUAAUAUAAUAGCAGUCAGUUUCCUUCACGAGUGUGCGUUUCAGGGCCUGCCCAGUGCCACCACUCACUCACUGGUGUCCCAAUAGCUUGCAUUUAAAAAAAAACAACUUUUUGGACUGUAAUAUAAUAGCAGUCAGUUUCCUUCAUGAGUGUUUCAGGGCCUGCCAGGGCACAGUGUCACACCAGUGCAACUCAUAUCUGGUGUAACAGUAGUGAACAUUUUAAAAAAGAAAAUACAAUUUUGACUGUAAUAGAUUGAAUAGCAGUUAGUUGUCUGCAAGCGUGUGUCAGGCCUACAGCGUCUACUCUGCCAACUUCUGCCACUGCACAGUGCCACUCAUAUCUGUUGUCACAGUAGCUUGCACGCAUAGUACCACUAAUCGAAAAAAAAAUGACAGGCAGAGGCAGGCCACCCCGCAGGGGCCGUCAUGGUCGUGGUGCUGUGAUUACCUUUGGCCCUAGAAUAAUGCCCAGUGUUCAGAGGCCACGUACCCUGAACUCGAAAAGUUCUGAGGACAUAGUUGACUGGAUAACAUGGGACACCCAAUCUUCUACAGCUUCCGUUCGGAACCUUGACGCACCAUCCUCCUUCAGCUUAGCUUCGGGCACCUCUCAAGUUACCACUCGCCCGCCUGCCGCCAUCACCAACACUAGAACCACAGCAGCUUCACUUGGUAUGUCAGAGGAGUUAUUUACACAUCAGUUGGAAGAAAUGAGUGAUGCGCAACCAUUAUUGCCAGAGGAUGUAGAUAACAGAGAUAUGUCUCAGUCAGGCAGCAUUACACACAUGGACGUACGGUGUGAUGAUGAUGAUGUUGUACCCGCUGCUGCUUCCAUUGCUGAGUUGUCAGAUACAAGUGAAGCGGUUGAUGACGAUGCGUCCGUGGAUGUCACGUGGGUACCCACUAGAAGAGAAGAAGAACAGGGGGAAAGUUCAGAUGGGGAGACAGAGAGGAGGAGAAGGAGACGAGAUGGAAGCAGGGGGAGGUCGUCACAAGGAGCUAGUGGCACAGUCAGACAGCAUGCAUCGGCACCCGGGGUCAGCCAGACAGCACGCCAAUCAAUGCAUGCUGUUGCCACCACCAGAAUGCCGUCAUUGCAGAGCUCAGCAGUGUGGAAUUUGCGAAGGCACAUGAUCGCACAUCACAAAUGCCUAUGGGAUCAACACAUGAGUACAAGCAGCACACAAACUCAAAGCCGCCAUCCUCCUCCUGGACCAGCAUCUUCAGCCACGUUAACCACUGCUGUCCUCCUUGCCCCCUCUCAACCAUCCGCCCCUCCGUCUCUCGUCUUGAGCAGUUCCUGCUCAUCUGCCCACAGUCAGGUGUCUGUCAAGGACAUGUUUGAGUGUAAGAAGCCAAUGUCACAAAGUCACCCCCUUGCCCGGCGUCUGAUAGCUGGCUUGACCAAACUCUUACCCCGCCAGCUUUUAUCAUACAAGCUGGUGGAGUCUGAGGCGUUCAAAAAUUUUUUAGUUAUUGGGACACCGCAGUGGAAGGUACCCGGCCGAAAUUUCUUUGCACAAAAGGCAAUCCCCAACCUGUACUCGAUUGUGCAAAAGGAAGUAAUGGCAUGUCUGGCACACAGUGUUGGGGCAGCUCCCAGACGCGUGUAACAGGGCUAACGUGUGCGGCAGCUCACACAGGUGAUUCAGCGGUAAAGUGCACUCGCUGGCAGAGCCAAACUGGGAAUCCAUGGGAAUCCAAAGAAGCCCUGGAAAAAAAAAUGUAUGCCAUUCCUACAAGUAUGUAUAUAUAUAUGUAUAUGUGUAUAUAUAGUCAAAUAGAAGCGUGUAUAUAUAUAUAUAUAUAUAUAUAUAUACUAACGAAAUCAAGAUAGAUAUAUAUAUAUAUAUAUAUAUACACUAACGAGUGCGCUGGAUUCUGUGUUUUGUAUAUAUAUAUAUAUUUAUAUAUAUAUAUAUAUAGUACAGUAAGCACCAGUGGCGUACACACCAGGGUCGCACCAGGGGGCCCGGCCGCUCCUGCGACCCGGUAUGUACGCCCAGGGCCAGCCUCUUCCCUUGGGGGGCCCAGGAGCCGACCACCCCAGGGCCCCCCGAGGCUGGCCCUGCUGACCCCAGCGGGCAGGUGGCCGGUCGGGCAGGUGGGCGCGCGAGGGAGCUGAAGAGGGAGCACACAGGGGAAAGUGCUCCCUCGCGCGCCGGCCGGCCAGGCAGCCCGCCCACCCAGUGACCAGGAGCCCAGCAGCACCACUGGACCCCAGGGAAUCCCCCCAGCACUCCAAAAGGUAAGGAGGCUGGGGGGAUUAAAUUUGAAAAUAAAAAUAUGUGUGUGUGUGUGUGUUAGUAUGUGUUAGUGUAUGUGUGUGUGUUAGUGUGUGUGUGUGUGUGUGUUAGUGUAUGUGUGUGUUAGAGUGUGUGUGUGUGUUAGUGUUAGUGUAUGUGUGUGUGUUAGAGUGUGUGUGUUAGUGUGUGUUAGUGUAUGUGUGUGUUAGUGUGUGUGUUAGUGUAUGUGUGUGUGUUAGUGUGCAGUUAGUGUAUGUGUGUGUUAGUGUGUGUUAGUAAGGUGUGUUAGGAGUGUGUGUGUGUGUUAGUGUAUGUGUGUGUGUUAGUGUGUCAGUGUUUGUUUGUGUUAGUGCGUGUGUUAGUGUGUGUCAGUGAAUGUGUCUGUUAUUGGGUGUGUGUCUGCUAGUGAGUGUGUUUGAUGUCUGUUAGUGAGUGUGUGUUUGUCAGUGAAAGUGUAUGUAUGUCUGUCGCUGAGUGUGUCUCUGUCAGUAAAUGUGUGUGUCUGUUAGCUAGUGUGUGUGUCUGUUCGUGAGAGUGUGUGUGUGUGUCUUCAGCAUUUACCUUUCUCCAGCAUCGGACUCCCCAGUGUCUGCCACUCAGCUCCGAAAUGCACAUGCGCGGCAAGAGGCGCGCGCGCAUUUAAACCGCCCAUAGGAAAGCAUUACUCAAUGCUUUCCUAUGGACGUUCAGUGUCUUCUCACUGUGAUUUUCACAGUGAGAAUCGCUGAAGCUCCUCUAGCAGCUGUCAAUGAGACAGCCACCAGAGGCUGGAUUAACCCUCAGUGAAACAUAGCCGUUUCUCUGAAACUGCUAUGUUUUCAGCUGCAAGGUUAAAACUAGAGGGACCUGGCACCCAGACCACUUCAUUGAGCUGAUGUGAUCUGGGUGUCUGUAGUGGUCCUUUAAGUGUGUGUGCAUACCGCGGUCGCGGGGUCGCAGCCCUGCAACCCCUGUGACCAGGUGCCCACCACCAUGUGUUGCGACCCCGACCCGCGCUGAGUAAGCGCGCGGGGGGGGGCCCACGGAUCAAUUUUUGCACCGGGGCCCCAUGGGUCAUGUGUAUGCCACUGGUAAGCACACAAGCUCACUGACAUGUGCAAAUAGGCUUACUGACGGACAAAACUCUCUGACUCACACACAAGCUUACUACAGACAAACUUACUUGUAUAAACAGAAGGCUCACUGCAAAGAAGUUCAGGGACACACACAAACUCACUAAAGACAAGCUCACUGACACACACAUGCUCACUAAAUAGAAGCUCACUGACACACACAAGCAGUACCAUUUUAACUGAGUUAAGGGCCCCCGGGCAAAGCAAUGCACUCGGGCCCUUCCUACACAACAACUCACAGGAAUUUUAAUUAUUGAUAGACUGCUGAGUCCAUACACACACAGACUGCUGAGUCCAUACACACACACACACACACACAAACAGACUGCUGAGUCCAUACACACACAGACUGCUGAGUCCAUACACACACACAGACUGCUGAGUCCAUACACACACACAGACUGCUGAGUCCAUACACACACACAGACCGCUGAGUCCAUACAGACACAGACCGCUGAGUCCAUACAGACACAGACUGCUGAGUCCAUACACACUCACAGACUGCUGAGUCCAUACACACUCACAGACUGCUGAGUCCAUACACACACAGACUGCUGAGUAAAUACACACUCACAGACACACAGACUAUUGAGUCCAUGCACACACACACACACACACACACACACACAGACUGCGGAGUCCAUACACACACACAUACACAAACACAGACUGCUAUGUCCAUACAAACACACACAUACACAGACUGCUGGGUCCAUGCACACACACACACACACACACACACUGCUGAGUCCAUACACACACAGACUGUAGAGUCCAUACACACACAGACUGCUGAGUCCAUACACACACAGACUGCUGAGUCCAUACACACACAGACUGCAGAGUCCAUACACACACACACACACACACACAGACUGCUGAGUCCAUAUAUAUACACGCACACAGACUGCUGAGUCCCCCCCCCACACACACACAGACUGCUGAGUCCACACACACACAGACUGCUGAGCCCCCCCACACAGACUGCUGAGUCCCUCUACACACACACACACAGACUGCUGAGUCCUACUACCACACACACAGACUGCUGAGCCCCCACAUGUGUAUCUGCCGAGUCCCCACACAGACUGGGUUGAGUCCCUCCCUACACACAGACUGCUGAGUCCAUGCACACACACACAGAUUGCUGAGUCCCCCCACAUUUCAUGCACACAGACUGCUGAGUCCAUACACACACACACACACACACAGACUCUGCUUGAGUCCAUACACACACAGACUCUGUUGAGUCCAUGUGCACAAACACACACACACACACAGACUCUGCUGAGUCCAUGCGCACACACACACACAGACUCUGCUGAGUCCAUACACACACACACACAGACUCUGCUGAGUCCAUGCACACACACACACACAGAGACUCUGCUGAGUCCACGCACACACACACAUACAGACUCUGCUGAGUCCAUACACACACACACACAGACUGCUAUGUCCACACACACACACACACACACACACACCAAGCCUACCUGUCACUGGAGGUCAGACAGCCAUCUUCUGCAGCAGCAUGGUCUGGCGGGGGCAGGGCUUAUGCGCGGGAGGAGGGGCUUGGUUUGGGGGCGGGGCCUGUGCCGGGGAGCCUGUCAGUGCUCCCUCUGGCCCCAGCAUCUCUCCAGCCCCUCUCUCCUGCAUUCCCUCGAGCUGUCACAGACUGUUACAGCCCGAGGGAAUAUAAUUUAAGAACAAGGAGGGGCACAGCAUGAUGUAAGGGGGUACCAUGGAGACAUAGAGACAUUUUUGUGCCCAAAAGUUCGAGUCCCCAUUGACUUCAAUGGGCUUCGGGUUCGGGGUCAAGUUUGAGCCCGAUCCCAGACUUUUUUUCAAAGUUCGGCCGAAACCGCUGGCUCAACUCUAUUUAGUACCUAAAAAAAUGUGAAUUUUUAAAACUGCGCUGUAACCACAGUAUUUGACGGUUCUAUUUGACUCUCAGAUAUGAAGUGCACCGCAGGCCACAAAUGUACUAUUUAGCACCAAAACGUUAGAUUUUUUAAACAAACAAUGUAACAAUAGUAUUUUUGGGUUUUAUUGGACUGCAAGAAAUGCACUGCAGGCCACAAAUGUUCUAUUUAGCACAAAAAAGUGUGAUUUUGUUUUUUAAACCAACAAUAUAACAGUAGUAUUUAAGGGUUUUAUUGGACUGCAAGAAAUGCAGUAUGCAAAUGUGCUACUUAGCACCAAAAGAAUUGCAGUAUUAAAAAAUGCCUAGAUGUUGCCCACUGAGCUACCAGAACAGGAUUAAAGUAAUGUGCCUGGCACACAUGCAGUUGCAAGUGCACUGCAGUCUCUGUGGCACUGGGCUCAGGGCAGGCUACAAAAAUGCAGAUUCAACACCAGAAUUCUUUCCUAAUCUGUCCCUCACAGCUGCAGCAUCCUCUCCCUACACUAAUAACAGCUCAUGUGACGUGCGGCGCUACGUGACUCCAGCUUAUAUAUAGAGGCUGGGUCACAUGCUGCACUGGCCAAUCACAGCCAUGCCAUUAGUAGGCAUGGCUGUGAUGGCUUCUAAAGGCACACGAAUCAAACGCUUGUUGAUUGGCUGCCCUGCAGCCUUUCAAAACGCGCCAUUAAAUCGUCGAACACCGAACUCCAACCCGAACAUACACUGAAAUGUCAGUUUUCAGGUCCAGGGUCCAAAAACCUUAAUGUUUGGUGUGAAUCUGAACUUUACAGUUCGGGUUUGUUCAACUCUAAUACUAAUGUUUUCCCAAAGCUAUUCAUUGGUAACUUUUUUUCUUGCUUGUUUGUUUAAUCCUUUGGUUUGGAUUGUUCAAUGGCAAAAGUAAGGUUGCAUUCAAUUCAGUGGCGUACAUACCAGGGUCGCAGGGGUCGCGGCUGCGACCGGGCCCGGCCCACCAGGGGGCCCGGCCGCCCCUGCGACCCGGUAUGUAGCCACAGGGCCAGCCUCUUCUCCUGGGGGGCCCAGAGGCCGACCACCUCAGGGCCCUCCGAGGCUGGCCCUGCUGACCCCAGCGGGCGGGCUGUUUGGGUGGCCGGCGUGCGAGGGAGCACUUUCCCCUCAGUGCUUCCUCUUCAGCUCCCUCGUGCGCCGCACUGAUGCCGGAGCCGGAAGAUGACGUCAUCUUCCGGCUCCGGCAUCCCUAGGCGGCGCACGAGGGAGCUGAAGAGGAAGCACUGAGGGGAAAGUGCUCCCUAGCGCGCCGGCCACCCAAACAGCCCGCCCGCCAGCCCAGCAGCCCAGCAGCAGCACCACUGGACCCCAGGGAAUCCCCCCAGCACCCCAAAAGGUAAGGAGGCUGGGGGGAUUCAAUUUAAAAAAAAAAUGUGUUAGUGUGUGUGUGUGUUAGUGUGUGUGUUAGUGUGUGUGUAUUAGUGUUAGUGUGUGUAUUAGUGUGUUAGUGUGUGUGUAUUAGUGUUAGUGUGUGUGUGUUGGUGUGUAUUAGUGUGUGUGUUAGUGUGUGUAUUAGUGUUAGUGUGUGUGUGUUAGUGUGUAUUAGUGUGUGUGUUAGUGUGUGUAUUAGUGUUAGUGUGUGUGUGUUAGUGUUAGUGUGUGUGUUAGUGUGUGUGUGUGUAAAUGUUAGUGUGUCUGUUAUUGAGUGUGUCUGAUGUCUGUUAGUGAGUGUGUGUUUGUCAGUGAAAGUGUAUGUUUUGUAAGUGAGUGUGUAUGUAUGUCUGUCGCUGAGUGUGUCUCUGUUAGUAAAUGUGUGUGUCUGUUAGCUAGUGUGUAUGCGUCUGUUCGUGAGAGUGUGUGUCUUCAGCAUUUACCUUUCUCCAGCGCUGGACUUCCUUGGCGUUGGGGAUCCCGCCGCCUCUCAGCUCCGAAUGCACAUGCGCGGCAAGAGGCGCGCAUGCGCAUUUAAACCGCCAAUAGGAAAGCAUUACUCAAUGCUUUCCUGUGGACGUUCAGUGUCUUCUCACUGUGAUUUUCACAGUGAGAAUCGCGGAAUCUCCUCUAGCGGCUGUCAAUGAGACAGCCACCAGAGGCUGGAAUAACCCCCAGUGAAACAUAGCCAAUUCUCUGAAACAGCUAUGUUUUCAGCUGCAGGGUUAAAACUAGAGGGACCUGGCACCCAGACCACUUCAUUGAGCUGAUGUGAUCUGGGUGUCUGUAGUGGUCCUUUAGGUGUGUGUGCAGUAUACCGCAUUCGCGGGGUCGCAGCCCUGCGACCAGGUGCCCGCCGAGUAAGCGCGCAGGGGGGGGGGGCCCUCGGAUCAAUUUUUGCACCGGGGCCCCAUGGGUCAUGUGUACGCCACUGAUUCAAUUAUUAUGUGAUUAUGUGAUUCCAUAAAAAGCUAGUUUGAAACCCACCAGUAGUUAAAAACAGCUACGUGAUAAACAGAAUCUCGGUUGAUUUGGUACAACUCUUCAAAAGUCUAAAUUUGUUCAAACUUCAAGUUUACAAUAAAAACUUAGAUAUAUGCUUCUUUUCCCAGGGCUCUACAGAGCAGACUUCUGUAAAAAAUGUGCAGACUGACUGCCAAUCCCAAGUGAAGGAAUAUGUGGAAAGAUUGGAAAAGCUGAAAGUUCAGGUAAGCCUUGACUGGUAUGUAGUCAAGGAAUUUACAUGUGUUUUAUUAUCUUUUUCAUUACAGAAAUUAUUAAAUAAACAACCUUUAUUGUACUAUCACUUUCAAUGGUGUGAUUUCCAAUAACCUACUAGUUCAUGUUUUCGCUCAUCCAUUGAUGCAUCAUCUUUGUGUUCUUGCUUGUGUUUACUAGUAGAGUUUAGCGAACCCAAACUGAAAAGUUCGGGUUCGUACCGAACAUUAAGUUUUUUGGAUCCCGGACCCGAACACGGACAUAUCACUAUAUGUUCGGGUUGGAGUUCGGUGUUCGGCAAUUUAAUGGCGUGUUUUCAAAGGCUGCAGGCAGCCAAUCAACAAGCGUUUGACUCGUGUGCCCUUAGAAGCCAUCACAGCCAUGCCUACUAAUGGCAUGGCUGUGAUUGGCCAGUGCAGCAUGUGAUCCAGCCUCUAUAUAUAAGCUGGAGUCGCAUAGCGCCACACGCAAAUAAGCUCUUAUUAGUGUAGGGAGAGGAUGCUGCCGCUGAUAGGGACAGCUUAGGAAAUAAUUCUGCAAACUAGUACAUUAGUGGGGUUGGGUGCACUUCAUAUCUGAGAGUCAAAUAGAAGCGUCAAAUACUGCUGUCACAUUGCAGUUUUAAAAAGUAAUUUUAUUUUGGUGCUAAAUAGUACCUUAGUGGGGUGCACUUCAUAUCUGAGAGUCAAAUAGAAGCGUGAAAUACUGCUGUCACAUUGCAGUUUUAAAACUUACAAUUUUUUGGGUGCUAAAAAGUACAUUAGUGGGUGCACUUCAUAUCUGAGAGUCAAAUAGAAGUGUCAAAUACUGCGCUUACAGCGCAGUUGUAAACAUUCUAAUUGUUUUGCUGCUAAACUGCUAAAUUGUACAUUUUGGGCAUGCUCUUCAUAUCUGAGAGCCAAAAAGAAGCAUCUAAUAGUGCACUUACUGCGCAGUUGUAAAAUUUCUUAUUUUCUCGGUGCUAAUCUGCUAAAUAGUAAAUUUUGGGGCCUGCUCUUCAUAUCGGAGAGUCAAAUAGAAGCGUCUAAUAGUGUGCUUACUGUGCCGUUGUAAAAAUUCUUAUUUUCAGGGUGCUAAUCUGCUAAAUAGUACAUUUUGGGGGUGCUCUUAAUAUCUGAGAGUCAAAUAGAAACGUUGAAUAGUGCGCUUACUGCGCAUUUGUAAAAAUUAUUUUUGUUUUGGUGAUAAACUGCUAAUUAGUACCUAUUAGGGGUGCCCUUCAUAUCUGAGAAUCAAAUAGAAGCGUCUAAUAGUGCGCUUAGAGCGCAGUUGUAAACAUUCUUAUUGUUUUGGUGCUAAACUGCUAAAUAGUACAUUUGUGGCCUGCACUUCAUAUCUGAGAGUCAAAUAGAAGCGUCUAAUAGUGCGCUUUCAGGGCACUUGUAAACAUUCUAAUUGUUUUGCUGCUAAUUUGUUAAAUAGUACAUUUGCGGCCUGCACUUCAUAUCUGAGAGUCAAAUCGAAGCGUAACUUUGAUUCAAAUUUACUACAUCGGUCACUUGUAAUAUUGUUUCACACCUACAACACAGAUCUAAGUGAUAGAAAACAAAUUGAUAUUUUCUACACUAGAAACUACCAGAUAACAAGCUGCUAUAUUUAAACCAGUUAUCAAUUGCUAAGAGGUACUUAAACAAUAUUGUAAUUCUGGGGCAAUACCCUCACAAGUCAAACUGAGAGGUCAGUUUAUAGGGAAAACUGUUGCCUGGAUACAAUUCUAAAACAAUUUCCAUAUGUCCUUUGCAGACUUUACAUGCUGGAAAAACACAGGUGCCAACUGCUGUGGCUUUCUGCAGUGUGCAUACCGGCAAGGAGGGCAGGGUUGAGGAGUGGGUGGAAGAUGAUGUGGAGGAUGAUGAGGUCCUAGACUCCACAUGGAAUCAAGGUCAUGCGAGUGACGUGUGCAGUUUGGAGGAAGAGGCGCUGGUCGCACAGAGUCACCAGCACAGCAUAAGAGGGAGCAGGGUGCAAAAGCAGAGCGGCUGUCUCCUAGUGCUCGUCAGCAUGUAUUAAAUUGAGAAUUACCAGUUAUCCAAGUAAUACAUGUAACGAUCAAAGGAUCCAUAAUAGAGUUGAGUGAACCCGAACAGCAAAGUUUGGGUUCGUACCAGAUUUAACGAUCCAUUCGUAGUUUAACAGUUAGGUGGGCAGUCCGGUGCCCGGGACCCAGACACAGUCUGGGCGGCAGUCGGACGACCGGGACCCAGUAUGCCUGAUGUUGAAGUUAGGAGUCACAGUGUGGAAUCGAUUAGCAGGGUCUGGUGCAGGGUAACCGCACACCCACUGGUGUUGAGCACCAGCAUUUAUGCAGCCACAUACCUGGACCCUGACGAAGCUUCAGUAAAAAGAGUACUUGAUACCAGAAGCCACCACCAGACUGAUCCGCAAUUUGAAACAGGAUGUGACAUUCACUGUAGCGGCUGUGCGCGCUUUCGGCGUUCUCACUCUGCUGCUGCUCGCCUGUCUGCGCUGCAGCGUGAGUUUGGCCUUCCCACUCACUGCCUCAUAUGCGACGUGCCCACAAGGUGGAACUUCACCUUGCACAUGCUGGAGAGACUGUUUGAAGAGCAGCAGGCGAUAGUGGAGUUUCAGCUGCAGCAUGCACGGGUCAGUGGCUCUGCACCAGAGUUAAAGGACCAGAGUUAAAGGAUUUUGAGUGGACUCAUUACAAUUACAGGGCCUCUAAAGAGUCCAGUAUUGUUAUUUGUCAUUACUACCUUCCCGCGUUGGGAGUGGGUUAUUUGCGCGCCUGCUACCUUCCUUGCAUGUGGUAGCUGUUUCUCAGGGUCUCUGUACAGAAUGGAACCCUGAUUCCCCGUUACCCAUGGUCACCAUGGUAGGUGCAGUCAAUGGCAUUGAAAGUUUAUAUGGAUUGACAUACGAAUGCGUUGUCGCCUUCUCGUUGGGGAGCACAUUGAAAAAGUGCUCUAGCAUGACGAGCUGGGUGAUCUCCUCUAGGAACUUGGCUUGAUGGGAGUUGAGCCAGUUCUGGGUGGCCCUUGUGAUGCCACAGUGUAUACCCAGAUAUAUCAGAGCUGCUGCAGAAAGUGUGGGCCGUCUGUGCGCACUUUUGGCGUUCUCACCCUGCUGCUGCUCGCCUGUCUGCGCUGCAGCGUUACUUCGGCCUUCCUGCUCACCGCCUCAUGAGACUGUGCGAGCAGCAGCAGGCGAUUGUGGAGUUUCAGCUGCAGCACUCACGAGUCAGUGGCUCUGCACCAGACUACCCUCCAAUUGAUCAGAGUUAAAGGAUUUCAAGUGUACUCAUUACAAUUACAGGGCCUCUAAAGAGUCCUGUAUUGUUAUUUGUCGUCAUUACCUUCCCGCAUCGGGAAUGGGUCAUUUGCGCGCUUGCUGCCUUCCUUGCAUGGGGUACCAUUUCUCAGAGUCCCUGUACGGAAUGGAACCCUGAUUCCCCGUUACCCAUGGUCACCAUGGUAAGCGCAGAAACUGGCAUUGAAAGUUGAUAUGGAUGACAUCCGAAUGCAAAGUCGCCGUCACGGGGAUGUGCAAUUGCCCCGAGGGUCUCUAGAGUCAACAAAGUGCUUGCACAACUAUAAUGUCAACAGCUACUCUGCGGAACAGAGUUGUCUUUUUUUAUAUGUCUCAAUAUUUUGGGGGCUACCCCAAUUAUAAAAUAUAUAUAUACCGCCACCGCCACGCUCACCGCCUCCUCAACGUAUGGGUCACUUAGUAUAAACUAUGUACACAAUAGCAGAGGCUUGUGAAGGCCUUUUCUCCAGGCAUCAGGAGUUGAGCAUUUCUCCAUGCAUCAGGACUGCAAGAAAUGCACCGCAGGCCACAAAUAUUUCUUUUUUUAUAUGUCCCAAUAUUUAAAGAAAAAAAAAGAAAAAUAUAUAUAUAUAAAAAAAACAGUGUUGGCUACCUCCUCCUCCUCCACCGCUGCUUCCACCUACAUGGUGGUCACCACCUCCUUAACCUAUGGGUCACUUAGUAUAAACUAUGUACACAAUAGCAGAGGCUUGUGAAGGCCUUUUCUCCAUGCAUCAGGAGUUGAGCCCAGUUUGAACAAUGAAAGAGAAUACCCUGCACUCCAACCCACUCUCAAAAUGGAUAAUUCUGCUGAUCCUCCUGACAGCCAUACUUUAGAUUUUGAUUUAUGUUCUUCCAAAGCUAAAAUCAAAGAUUCCAUCUAGUGCUAUUUUAUGGCUCAGCUGUAUUUUUAAUUUUUAUGUUAUUUUAAGUGAUUUCCCUAUCUACAUUUGUUUGCAGGGCACUUCUCUUACCCUUAACCACAUUUUAUUUCCCUUUGCAGCCCUCUAGCCCUUUCAAGGAGUUUUUUGUAGAGGUAUUUUUGUGCCCAAAAAUUCGGGUCCCCAUUGACUUCAAUGGGGUGCGGGUUCAGGGUCAAGUUCGAGCACGAACCCGUUUUUUUUUCUUUCAAAGUUCGGCCGAACCCGCCGGACCCGAACAUCCAGGUGUCCGCUCAACUCUAUUUACUAGCCUUUUCUACAAUUCAUUCUGCUGAUGUUUAUUUGAAACUGUUAUGUCGGAAAACCUACCAAAGAUGCAAUAUAACACAACAUGUUCAUUGUAUUAAGGACCCUAAUUUGGAUAAGUUAGCUAGGCUUUAUACAAUCAAUUCUCCUCCUAUUUAUUAUAAACCAGGAAUUCCAAAAUUGCUGGUAGGUACUUAAAUUGUGGAGAGGAUGGCAAAUCAGCCCUGUGUUAGUGUUUAUGUGAGCACACCCCUACAACAUGUCUGAUACUCUUUAUAUGCGUUUAUGUACCAUAAUAUGACACAAGAAAAAUACAAUUUUGAGGAUGAGGGAUCGUACUACUUGAUGACUAGCUUGUCAACAACUUGAAUCUGAGAAAUGUUUCUUAACAAAGUGUGUCUUAUAGAUGGAGGAAUACAAAAAGAAAGCUCAAGAAGGUGGUUCUCAGCACCAUUGCAACAUUAUUUUCAGACGAUUCCUGCUAGACAUUUUGGAUGAGGUUCAGCAGUUAGGUUUGGUAAGUUCAUAAUGCAUGUUUUCAUUAUUGUUUAAGGCAGGUAGUGUUAGUUAAACAGUGAGUUUUGAGUGAAGCACCUAUUGUGCUAAAACUUGCAGUUUACCUAUCAACUCACUACACAUUAUUGUCUACUUAAAGGUACACUCCAGUGCCCAAAUACAAAAUAAAUAAAAACCUAUGUUUAGUAGAUAUACCUCACAUGAAAACAGGAAUGCAUUUUAUUAAGCAUUUUAAAAUUUGGGGUACAUAUAAAACCUGUUUGCAAAAGCUUCUGAUCUCUUGUCUGCAGCGUUUGCAAGCCAUCCCCUUCUUCCCCAGCCCAGACCUUUUCUCCUUCUCCAGUCACUUAUUUCACAAUGCUUUGGGCUAUUAUCUGCCUCUUUAGUGUAGCCCCAUUGUAACCGGCACUUUUUGUAAAAUGGAAAAAAUGAGGACACUCUCUUCACACAUAAUACUUUUCAGCAAACCAAAAUGCUUAAGAAACCAGGUGUGUCUUAUUAAACAUGUAAAAUAUUCUAUGUUUAGGAUAUAUCUACUUACUAUGGGAAAUCACAAUUAAAAUGGCACUGUCCUCAGAGUGCAAUUUACCAUCAUUGACAUCCUCUCUAGAAUUUUUCUGUUUCAUACGGUCUUGUUGAAUCUUCCAUAGACAUCAAUGUUGUACUCUUGCACAUACCCAAAAAUAAAAAAACUUUAGAAAUUCAAAACAGGAACAGCACACACCUGUAAAAAGAUCUACAGUAUGGUGCCAAAUGAACUAAGGAGACAACCAAUCCCUUGAAAUAUGCCAAAUGUAGAAAAAGAAAAUGUCCAACAAUCGGACCUUACUGGAGUGAAAUGGCAACUUUUUAACUAGCAAAAGAGACAUUUUUUUUUUUUUUUAGAAAUGUUCUUGUGUGAGCUGAAACAUUGCCAUUUCACUUCAAGAAAGUCUGCAUGUUAGACGUCUUGCAUGUGCCUGGACAAAAGUACAACACUGACUUGAGCUCCUGGUAUAUGAUGCACCAGGAGCUGAAGAUUGCAUAUGUCUGCAGCUUUGGGGAAUAGCAUCAGGUUGUGGCUUGGUUAAUUAAACAAUUACCAUUUAAAGGGUAAGGAAAAGCUAAGAGUGAUGAGGGCGGUUUAGCCCAUCACUCUCAACCUAUCAUUGCCAUUUAACGUUUUCACUCUACAAUUGGUAUAUACUAUUUCCUGGCUAAUCCUGGCAGCAUCACUUAUGGAUAACUCUGCCCCAAGGACAGGAAAUAGAAUUCAAACUAGACCAAGUGUAUGAAGGGUCCCUCCUCCCUUCACACCAGUCUUCCUAUUUUUAAAUGUUUUUAUUUUGUGUCUACCUUCCUAUAUGCACAAUGGGUCUGUGUAAGUGCCUAUCUAUCCCCCAGCCAUGAGUAUCUGCUUAUUAUCCUUUUUUUUUUUUAUAUUUAGUAGAUAAUCUAUUUAAAAAAAAAUUUUUUUGUCAAUCUUUGUUUUAUUGAAAUGAUAGCGUAAUACAAUCCUAGAAGAAAAUGGUACCAAGUUAUAAUAGUAUGUUGAGCACGGGUAAUACACAGUGCAAGACUCAAGUAAACCUGGGUGAUAGAUACAUUUUAAGAUAUUACGUGAGUAGUCGCUAAACUGACAUCAAAACUAGCAUUGGCAUGGGUGAAUUUAAAUAGUACUAGCAUAAGUAGGUAUAAACUCAUAUACCAUACAUUAGUAACAGGUGAGAGUUAUAUCCUCUAUAAAAGGCCCAGUAUGCCAAUAGUGAGUAGGUAAAGAGCAACAGAGCCAUAGCAAUACAAACAGGAGGGUAAGGUCACUCAGUAGAACAUACGUAAAACAGGAAGCUUGAACCAUAAAACUUGGAACUUAAAGUGGGUAGUGGUGCUGGAAUAAAAACACUGCUCUGUAUGCCUAAGCAAAGGGCCCUAUGACAAGGGGGUGGAAGGGGUGUUCAGCCUAUGCCCACUAUUCCGAGCAGCCUGCCCAGUGGUAGUAAAAUAUACUGGGUCUCCCGGAGCUACCCCACCAGCCCCAGUCUUUAACACAGUCCAGCAUUCCUCACUGACCCAAUCCCUUCCAGCGCUAUGGACGUGGUCUCGGGAUCUCACAUGUGGCUGUCUUCGUUGCUAAAUAGAUAUCACCCGAGGAUGUGAGCUGUGCCUUGGGAGAAUUCCCCUUGUGGACGGAUGCCUAGGUGAGUGCUGGCAGAUCCUAGAGCAGCUACUGUGGGGUUGUGGUGCUUUCCGCCACCUCAUCCACCAUUUCGCUCGUAGCACAGCGGCGUUGUGGAUUAAAGUUUAUCUCAUAAUGGGCUCUGGAUGUAGGGUCAUUGCCUUGUGACUUAGCACCCGUUUGAUUGCGUGAGCCCUGAGCUGGGACCAUAGUUGUGUGAAGGCCCACUCAAUACAUUCCUCAAGGUGAGCCCAGAGCUCGGUGGCUGUGACAGCGGCCAUCUUAACUUGUAGGCCAUGAGUAUUCAGCCCUGCAGAUUUUUCUCGGUGGAUAACACCAUUCACCGGUGACUAGACUGUUGUCAGGUAAGCACUUAGUGUGGACCGGAAUAUCCCCCACCUGUCCAGAGGGGGAGGGGUAGUGGGGCUGCAAGCCACUUGGUGCAUGCCCAAAGUCGGAAGAUCGGCUGCCUCUCCCAGCCACCAUGCCAACAGUUUCAAGAUCAAUUUUGCCUGGAAACCUGCUGCUUGAAUGGUCCAAGACACCGGUUCCAUGGUCUGCUAAGCCUCAAUAUACAUUGGAUUGGCCUGCUGAGAGCCCAAAUGGUGGCCGAAUAACUAGAGCGGGUGAAGAGCGCUCAUGAAGUGCGUUCAGCCGCCUUAAAGCUCAAGAGCCACCCCAUGCUUAUUAUACUUCUGAGUCCCUUUAUUCGUGUUUUUUCUACCGAAUGCCAUGUGUUCUUACCUGUAUUCUGUGCUCAUUCCAUAUUUGACCUCAUAGUACUUUCGGCUCUUCUUGUGGGUUUUUAUAAGCCGUUCGUUCAUUUUGGCAUGAAUGUGGCGGCGUCCUGCUUAUGUGAAUGCACAUGCGUUUGGUUAUUUCUAUUCAUGUAUUUCAAUUCAUCUUUCUAGUCAUUUCACUAGCUGAUAAGUGCUCCAUUUGUUUCUUUUCAUGCCUGUUCGGGCCAAUUUGGUUCUGUUCUACCUCAAUUCAUUAAGAAUAGGAAGCAUUUAUCCUGUGGCUGCCUAGAUAAGAUAUAAUAUUAAUCCAGGUUUGCAUCCAAUAUUUCUUAUAUUUCCUUCCUCUCCUUUCCGGUGGAUAUAUUUUAAACUAAAAUUUUAAUUAUCUUUAUUUUAAAAUGGUAUCUCCUUCUACCUCUAGACACUCAAUAUCCAGAAACCCAAGGUGAGUCAAUGUACUAUAAGUAUUCUGGAGAUCAAAAGAGUGCACUUGGGUCCAAAUAUAAAGCAAUAAAGAAAAUAGGCUAGUAUCCCCUGGGUGAGGAUAUCACAACAGGGGUGGUCAGUACAAGUGGCACCCUAUGACUCUGGGCAUGAACCCUGGAAACAUUAAUAUUAAAAGCAAAGUGAGGAAAUCCUUAUCAAGGAAAUUCAUCUAGGGUACUGAUGUAUGAGUGGCUGACGUAAAUAGGUGCAAUAGUUAAAACAUAACUAGAAAAGUAUCUAUCAUGUAUAUCAAGGCACAGAAUUUCAUUAAAGUGGAUAAACUAAUAGGCUUUAUUAUAGUUGCCAAAAAUGUAUUAGCCACAAAUUAUCCCAACUAUAUAAAUAAGAAGUGCCAGCUGAUAUAGCAGAGGCAGAUAGAAACAUGCUCAUUUCCAAAAAAGUGGAUACAAAAAGGUCUAAAGAGAUGAAUCUCUAAAUAGAUACAUUGUGGCAAAUAAUAUGCCUUAACUUUCACAGACAUCAUCAUGUUUCACAGAUAUCAUGCAUGGCCUUUUAUUCUUGUCAAAGCCCAAGCAGAAGCCGGGACUGAUGUGCCAGGAAAUAUAAGGAGAGGAAUAAUCUGUGUGUGGGCUGUAACCAAAUGGCACCAGAAGGCAAGAAUCUUUGUAUCAAAUGCCUUGCUCAGGUUGGUAAAGAAAAUACAAAAAAUAAAUCCUAUCAAAAGGAUCUUGAGACCUGGACUUCCCAAGCAAUUGCAGAAGGCCUUAAGCAAAAAGCAUGAGGCAGACCAAGCACUCUAAAAUACGUUCAAGUUCAGAGUCAGAAUAUAGGACAGAAUUCCUCCUCUAAAAAGAGGAGGACGAAACAUUUCAUUGAAAUAUAGAGUCCAAGAUGGUGGACAAGCUUAUUAGAGACACCUUAAAAAUUCAGGAGGAAAAAUCAGAAUUUCUAGAAUCAGACAGAUAUUUUGAGGGCCUGAAACCUACAAGGUAUGCGUUUCAUGUCCAUAAUUCUAUUAAGAAAAUAACACUGGAAGAAUGGAAAAAAAAACAGAAAAGAAGAUUACCUAAAAAAUAAGGCUUCUAGAAAGUAUCCAGUCUCUUCUGAAGAUUCUAUGUGUUGUAAUUCAGUACCAAAAAUAGAUGCAGCAGUUAUCCGUAUGGCUAAACGUACUACUCUCUGUGACAAACCCCCCUUCCCAUGUGAAUUUGCCACAAGCCUCUGGAGGAGCCUGCUUGCUAACCUCUUGCCCACCGACUAUGGGCCCUGUACUAUACACUGUAAAAGUCUCCGUUUGUGUAUUUGGACUAUAUGGUUCAGGGAACCGAACAGCCGCAUGAACCGGAAACCACCGGGGAGCUUGUUAAGCCUAAUUGCUACUUUGUAGCAAUUUCCCCCGCAGUGUUCUAAGUGUUCGUCUGGGUGACUGCAUUUCCUAUGGACGACCACGAGGUGGCGGCCAUAUUGUUCGCACGAACACAGACAACGGUGUUUGGUCGCUGAGUUUAUGGAACUGAAAAUGGACACAGAAACUCCCGAACACCGCUGGACUUCCAGCAUCGCCUGCGUUCGAUUCUACACCACUUAGAAGGCCACUGUUUGGUGGAAACGUUCCCACGAACAAGGUGAACAAGCUCCAGGGUAAGACUAUUGACUAUAUUCGGUAGUUUGUUAGUUUUUAAACUACCGAACUAGACUGACCACUAGCCAUGAUUUCAUGGAACUGUUUUGGGCAUAGUACAAUGUGCAUGAUCGGUCAAAAUGAGACUCCCCUGAACCGAUCUGGGUGAUUUUCGGAUAUGUUGGUCACCCAAAUCGGGGCUAUCAGGGGAUUUGUGGGAUUUUCAUGUGUUUUAAAGGUUGUUUGGGGGUUUUGUAAUAUUGUAUGUUUUUCUGUGGCUGGAGAUAGUUGAGUUAGUUCAGUUCCUGACUAGUGAUGACCCGAACGGUUCGACGAACGGUUCGCAACGGAUGGCGAACAUAUGCGCUGUUCGGUCUGCCCCCUAUGUCAUCAUUGAGUAAACUUUGACCCUGUACCUCACAGUCAGCAGACACAUUCCAGCCAAUCAGCAGCAGACCCUCCCUCCCAGACCCUCCCACCUCCUGGACAGCAUCCAUUUUACAUUCAUUGUGAAGCUGCAUUCUUAGUGAGCUGUCCAGGAGGUGGGAGGGUCUGGGAGGGAGGUUCUGAUGCUGAUUAGCUGGAAUAUGUCUGCUGACUGUGAGGUACAGGGUCAAAGUUUACUCAAAGAUGACAUAGGGGGCGUUCCACGGCGAACCGUUCGGGACAUCACUAUUCCUGACUCAAUUAUAUCUCAGGCACAGAGGAGGAGUUUGUAACUUUGUAACUAGUCCCCUCUCAGGUCCUGGAGAGGGAUUAUCCUGUUUGUGUGGGAGUGUCAGAGGUGUGCUUAACUGUGUCUGAAAUUGUAUAAAAGCAGGCCAUCUGGCCGGAUUAAAACAUUCCAGCUUGUACUCCCAGAACUAUGUUUCGUCCGGUUACUGAAAGGGGAAAGGGAUAAUUACUAUUCCAGUGUGGAGGAUUCAACGGGGAAAGUCCUCGUAAGGAUUAGAGCUCCCAGGACUGAGUGUCGUCCAGUGCCUGGGAGUGGAUAGAGCGAGUUCCCCAUUCGGUUGCAAGACAGAAUGGUUCCAGGACCCCAGUCAAGCCUAGGAAGUGGUCCUUGGCGGAGGUACGCAGCCAUACACCCCUGAGGAAGUCCAGAAGAGGACAAAACACGUUGGAGUUGUCUAUUUUCUUCAUGUGAACUUUUAUUUUAUUUUUUUAAUUUUAUUUUACCUUUGCUGUUGCCGCUUGCAGUUUUCGCUGUGAUUUUAUUGGCUGAUACACGUGGAUGCCACCUUGGUGUGGAGACAUGCUGUCUUUGCUUUGAGACAUUGUAAGUGCAAUAUAUAUAAUAAAUUGUUAUAUUUUUAUACAAUCUGCACUAUCCAUCUUUCCCUUUUAUUUGAGUGGGCAAGAAGAUUUACUAUAUAUCCAGAAUUGCAUCGCUGGAGGUUCUUCAUACUUCAUUAGUUCCCUAAUACCAAGGGAGAUACGCCUGAAUUCACCUAAAUCUUGUGAGUUUUCUACCACCCCCACCCUAUAUAUGUGUUAAUUGUAUUACACUAUUUUUAUAUCUCUCCCUAUAGAUAUGUAUCUAAGGUAGAGCUGAUCAACGAAAUACAGUUUGUAUUUUUAAUUUAAAUCACUUUGUGGUGAAUUACACAGUCCUGCCCUUUGGUUUUUUCCUUUUUACUACAGGGAGCUCAGCUUCACGUUCCCUAUAGACUCCCUAGUUUAUCUUAGUUAGCCAAUGGAGAAAAGAAUGGAUGUGGAUCUAAUCAUAGCCUAUUUAGUUUUAGGAUGAGCUCUUCACACUUCUAUUGCUUUAACAACUUUAUCUAUAUCUCUCAAGGUCUGGAUAGACAAUAUGGAAGAUGAUAUUUCCAGUGGGAUAAGAAGGGAACUUAAAGGAACACUAUAGGGGCAGGAACACAAACAUGUAUUCCUGCGUUCAAACCACAACCUAGCCCACUCUACCCUCCAUAAAUAUAGCAAAAUCUUACCUUUAUUUCAGUCUUCUGCUAAUCUGCCUUAUUGUCUGACAUCAUCAGAAGUGGUUUUCUGAGCCAAUCACAUUGCUUUUUACAUAGGAAAUUGGAUUGGCUGAGACUGUCAAGGACGCAGAUCAGGGGCAGAGCCAGCACAAGCCAAACACAUCCCUGACUAAUCAGCAUCUCCUCAUAGAAAUGUAUUGAAUCAAUGCAUUUCAAUAAGAAAAGUUGAAUUUCCAUGCAGAGGGUGGAGGCACCGAAUGUCAGUGCUGCACACUGUGCACCUCUAGUAGUUAUCUAAAAAGAGGCCACUGGAGGUAUCCCUAUGUUGUAACGUUAAGAAUGCCUUUUCUCUGAAAAGACCGUAUUUACUGCAAAAAGCCUGAAGGACCUGAUAAUACUAACCAGAACAAAUUCAAUAAGCAGUAGUUGUUCUGGUGACUAUAGUGUCUCUUUAAAGAUUUCAGACUUGCUGCAGAUUUUCUUUCCAACGCUUCCCUAGAUAUAACAAAAAUGAUAUCAAGAAACAUGGGCAUCGUGGCUCCAUGCAUUGGGAAGGAGCAGAUUAUACUACUAAGUCCUACAGACCUAGGAGGGAAUAUAAUAAAUAUUCCAGUUGUGGGAGUUACCAAUCCACAUCCUCCUUUACAGCUAAAUUUUCUAGAGGAAGAGGAUUGCGCACAUCAUCUAAGAAUUUAUGAAGGUACACAGGUCCAAUAAGAGGUCAUUGGAGGAAGACCCCAAAGACUACAAUUUGUUUCUUUUACCCCACCUGGAGCAGAAAUAUUACAUACAGUUUGGCUUUAAAGAUCAUAAAUGAAGGUUACAAGCUUGAAUUUACAAUAUGUCCGACCUCAAACAUAUUCAAGGCAUCAAAGAUAUCAAAUCCUACAAAACAAGAAGCAAUGCUUCAGAUUCUCUUAAAGCUCUUAGACCAAAGGGUUAUAGAAGAAGUUCCUUCAAGAGUAUUCCUGGCUCCAAAAUCUAAGAACAAAUGGUGAUAAUAAUAGACCUGAAAGACAUAAAUCUAGAGCUAAAGAAUUUAUCUUUCAAAAUGGAAUCAAUAUCUUCCAUUAUCCCUUCGAUAAAACAAGAAGAUUGGAUCACCUCAAUAGAUUUCAGGGAUGUCUAUUAUCGAAUUCCAGUUCAUCCACACCAAUUCACAUUCCUGAUAUUAAUCAUCUUUGGCAAACAUUACCAGUUCAGAAGUCUUCUCUUCGGUCUAAGCUUAGCUCCCAGAACUUUUUCAAAAGUUCUGGUGACUCUAAUUGCCUACUUAAGGACCCGAGGUCUGAGAAUGUAUCACUAUCUAGAUGACAUACUUAUAAUAGCAGCCCCCUUCAACAUGGCGGUUCUACACACACAUUUUGCACUUCAAUGUCUCCAAGACCACGGAUGGAUUGUAAAUAGGGAAAAGUGUUCACUGUACCCAUCUCACCAGAUCAUUUAUCUAGGAGCAGUGAUAGACACCAUAAAAGCCUUGGUCCAAAUUUCGCCAAACAGAAGUUCUCAUAUUCAAGAGAAGAUUCUGAAGAAGAUAUCAACAUCAGCAAGAGAUUAUAUGAGUCUCCUAGGAUCUCUCACUUCCACCAUAGGUCUGGUGAGACAGGCUUAGUGGAAUUCGAAACCUAUUCAAAUGAACUCCCUCUUUGAGUUCAAGAAACGUCAGAAAAAUUGUUAACAAGAAAUUUUGAUUCUUCGUCAUGUAAAGAACCAUCUAAAGUGGUGGCUAUCUCUUCACAAUCUCCAGAAAGGGUUUCCUUUAGAAGAACCAAAUUGGCACAUUAUUACAACAGAUGCCAGCCUCAAAGGUUAGGGAGCCCAUUUCAACUUCACCAGGGCUCAAAUGACCUUCUCUCAAUGGGAGAGGAAACUACAUUCCAACAUAGGAGAAUUAAUAACUUCACAAAGUACUUAAGAUUUUGUAUCCAUCACUACAUCAAAAAUGGGCAGUUGCAUCCUAUGUCAAUCAUCAGGGGGACAUCAAAAGCAAACAUCUUCUUGCUAUGAAUUCCCUAAUGGUACUUGCUCAGACACAACUGUUGGGUCUAAAGGCCUGUACCUUUCAGGUGUAAGCAACACCAUAGCAGACUAUCUGAGCAGGGACACCAUUCAACCAAAAGAAUUGAGUCUACACCCAGAGGUAUUAAGGAUAAUUACAACAAGGUAGGGCAUACCCCAAAUCGACCUCAUGGCGAACUGGAAGAAUGCUCAAGUGCAGGAUUUUAUUCUCUAAGGAAAAAGAUAAUUGCCAUAAUCGCUAUAUGGAAAAGAUGACCCUGGUUCAAGAUGGGCAUAUCCCAUCCCUGGAAACUACCUCUCAGAACAGACCUACUAAUCCAAGGCCCGGUACUUUAUCCAGAUCCAUCUCAAUGGAAUCUGGGAGCAUGGAUUUUGAAUGGGCAACUUUACGAAGGCAAAAUCUAACUCUCAGAAUCUGAGAAACCUUUAAAAGCAAACUUUUACAGUCCGGUCUAGCUAAUGGACUGAGUUUAAGUACUCUUAAAGUCCAAUUGUCCGCUUUAUCUGCUCUCUACAAUACAUAUUUGUCUACACAUCCUUUACUUCAAGAUUUUUGAAAGCAGCUAUUAAAAUUAAUCAUGCCUGAAGAAAUACCUCUUCACCUUGGGAUCUUACAUUAGUUCUAUAAUUUUUGACAGAUCUCUCAGAUGUCUAUUGAACAUCUUACAUACAAAACAGCAUUUCUGUUUUCAAUUACAACUGCUAAACGUAUUACCCAACUUCAAGCUUUUUAAUGCCAAGACUCCCAUACUUUGAUUUCUCACGACAGAGUGGUUCUCAAGCCUGUUCAAACCUUCCUUCCUUCCUAAAGUGGUUUCUAAUUUCCAUAUAGGUCAAGAAGUAGUUUUACCUUCUUUAAAUCCUGAUCCUCAAACACCUGAAGAAAUAAAACUACAUGAAUUAGAUAUUCGGGAGUAAUUGAUUCAAUACUUGGAAACUACAAUUUUUUUUUAGCAAGACAGAAAAACUAUUCGUCCUACCAACAGGCUGCAGGAAAGGAGAAUUGGCCCAUUUUUUAACUCUUAGAUGUUGGAUUACUCAGUUAUAGCAGAUGCAUACCAGAAGAAAACAAAUCUCCACCAUCCAAGAUCAGAACUCACUCUACAACAAGCAUGUCAAAGUCGCGGCCCACAAUGAAUAUUGUUGUGGCUUGGCGAGUCUCGAGUUUGCCAUACUUACUAAAGCAGGGUAAGCACCUGCUCUCCCUACAUUUCAGGUGCCUACUCUGCUAAAAUUAUGCACCCGGGAGGAGACAAACCUGGCGGCAUCUCAGCCUUCCUGCUCCUAACUGCUCCCUCGUGCGCGCCCUCUGUACUGUUGCCAGGUGCCAGAAUAUGGUGUCAUUCUGGCACUCUGCGUCACUAAACUGCACACGUAAGGAGCAGGAAGACUGAGCUCCUGAGAGAAGAUCAGGGAGAGGCCCCACACCAGCUCCCAAAGGUAGGGAGCAAUAAAUAAAAUGAUGUGUGUGUGUCAAUGUGUGUCAGUGUGUGUGUUUCUGUCUGUGUGUCUUAGUGUGUGUGUGUGUCUGUCAAUGUGUGUGUGAGUCUGCCUGUGUGGGUCUGUCUGUCUUUGUGGGUUUGUCUGUCAGAGCGUGUGUGUGUGUCUGUCAGGGAAUGCUUGUCUCUCAGUCUGUGUUGGUCAGUGUUGCGACAGCCACGGAUGGACACUGGAGGACCAUGUGGUGCACGGAGGCACACAACGCCAUGUCACAUCCCGACGUGACGUCAACAUGCUCCACCUUCACAUGUUUUCAAGAAGUAACGGUAGGAUCCAUUUGGCACAGAAUGCAGAUGGCGCCAUACCAGAGGCUGGACUCCGGAGUCGCAUACUGGCAGCGGCAAUGUUAGUGGAGUCUGCUUGUUUGCUAAAAAAUUUUGUGCUGGGGUUUAGUACAGGGGGGUGCUGAAAUUUAGUAUUGGGGGGAGGUGAAUUAGUACAGGGGGAGGGACUGUGGUUUAGUAGAGGGGGAUGCUGUUUUUUUUUGUUUUGUUUUUUAUACUGUACUUUUCAAAACAAACUUACGUUUCUAUGAAAAUUUAAGGUUUUUUUUUUUUUUUUUGCUGCACACAUAAACUUAAACCUUGUUUCUGUGGCCCAUGCUAGUCUUUGAGUUUGACAUAAGUAAAGAAUAGUUGGCCGAAAAACAGUCCAAAAGGACAGACCAGGGGGUGACCCUAAUGAAAUUAAUAACAAAAGAGAAAAAGAGGCGGAUCUGUCCUACAGAGUAUAAAUUAUUAUACGUAAAUAUAGAGAAAGAGCAGUUAAAAAUAUAUACUUUAUUAAACAAAAAAAAGAAGAAACUUACAUAUAAGGUAUAAAUCACCUAAAAAGGUGAGUACUUUACACAAUGAUUGCUGAUGCGACAAUAUGUCAAAGGUGUAUCUGACUCUAUGAUGUAACUAUUUGUUUGUUGCACGAGAUUCAGAUAAUAAUUUGCAACGGUGUAUCAAUGAAAUCUAUGCAGUGAUAAAGUGAGAUCCUGCGAUCACAGCAGUGUAUCUUAAGGUGAUCAGCCACAGGCUUAAUCUUUAGGAAUCACCUAAAGAUUGCCAGGAAACUCAGUGUAUACCACACAACUACUAUCUAAACUCAAGCUCAAAAUACGAACAAGCCGAACUGGCUGAUAAUGUCAGGGUUAAUGAUACGUGGAAAUACACAAAAAAAUAGGCUACCCGUUAGCUCAUCUAAUUCCGUUCAAUGCCAGGAACUAAACAUUACAAUAACCAUAACCCAUAAGUAUAAUCAAUAGCAAUAACGCUAUUGGAGCUAGAGACAAAGAAAAAAAUAGGUAGAAUGGUGCCGUCGUGGACACCUGGUAUAGUAAAGAAAUAUACAGGAAAGGUCUAGAUAAUCCAGGCGAAACACGCGUAGGGUUUGACACCUACCCGAUUUUUUUCAGUCAUCAUCCCUCUCCGUCCCUUUUCUGAUUAUCAUAUUCUCCGCUGGCGUUAUCAUACUGCCCGUUUGGGACCUUUAGAAUUUAGAUGGCUGACAGCCGCCUCAGCUGUACAGGAACUCUGAUAACGAUCAGGGUACUUUACUCGAUUUAAACUUGCAGGACUCUUAUACUACAAUUAUACUGUACAUACAGUUACUUUAUCUAGACCUUUCCUGUAUAUUUCUUUACUAUACCAGGUGCCCACGAAGGCACCAUUCUACCUAUUUUUUUCUCCACCACUUGGGCAAAUUGGGCAGAGGUGCCUUCUGAUGAUAUCUGCAAGGCAGCUAUUUGGUCUUCCCCAGUAACAUUUAUUAAGCACUAUACUCUGGACAUGGCCUCCUCUGCUACUACUUUUGGAAGAGGUGUUUAUCUUCUGUUUACAGUUCAUGAUAAAUUAUUAUUUUAUUUUGUGUGUGUUGAAAGCUCCAUUAGUUUUAUUUCUCACCCUUCUUUACUUUAGCUUGCUUAUUACCCAUAAGUGAUACAGUCAUGAUUAGCCAGGAAUAAGGAAAAUGUAAGCCAUACUUACUGUAAUUUUCUUUUCCUGGCUAUUACGUCAGCAUCAUUUUCUCUUCCUAAGAUUAUUCUUAAUUUUAUAAUUGACUGGUGUGUGUGGGGAGCAUGUACCCUUUAUACACUUGGUCUCAUUUGAAUUCUAUUUCCUGUCCUGAGGGGCGGGGUUUCCCCAUAAGUGAUGCUGCCAUGAUAAAUAGCCAGAAAAAGAAAAUUACGGUAAGUAUGGUUUAUAUUUUAUUACUUUUUACAUUAUUAUUUACCUUGUUUAACUUACUUAUUUUUAUCUCAGCCAGAUGAGUCCAACCCAGAGGUCCAUUAUGAUGCAGAAGUGUGCUUAACAAGGCAUAUGAUUGCAUGGAUUGAGAAGUUCACUAAUGACAAAGACGGGAGCAUUUGUAAUACUCGUGAACCAUUGCGUAGGAUGCUGGUUAAAUUCAAGCCUCACAAUGAGGAAGAAUGGAGGUGGAAAUUUGAGGAUUACUUUGGUGUGGACAUAGUCACUCUUUUCAUGGUAUGCUUCUUUCUGCAGAAUUUUUGA